AUGUCCGCUCCCGUAGUCCUCGAACCCCAAGAUCUCAAUCGAGACUCAGCCUUCAAGAAGGCGCUCCACGGCCAAACCGGUCAGACCGAUAGAUCCUUUGUAAACUUGAUGCACAAAGACAAGAACGCGCAGAAGCUAGCCGUGGACCAAUAUUUCAAGCAUUGGGACAACAAGGAUGCCAAGAAUGAAACAUCACUGGAUCGUGAUGCGAGACGGAAGGACUACGCAACGCUCACUCGUCAUUACUACGAUCUCGCCACUGAUCUCUACGAAUACGGAUGGUCCCAAAGCUUCCACUUCUGCCGCUUCACCCCGGGCGAGUCCUUCAAGCAAGCCCUCGCGCGACACGAGCACUAUCUCGCCCUCAAAAUGGGUCUUCAACAAGACCAGCUCAUACUCGACGUCGGAUGCGGCGUUGGGGGGCCCGCGCGGGAAAUCGCCAAAUUCACCGGCUGCAAGAUCGUCGGGUUGAACAAUAACGACUACCAAAUCGAGCGCGCGACACGCUAUGCACAGCAACAAGGACUGGACCAUCGAGUCAGCUUCGCGAAAGGCGAUUUCAUGCAAAUGAGUUAUCCGGAUAAUAGUUUUGAUGGCGUCUAUGCGAUCGAGGCGACAGUGCACGCGCCCAGCUUGGAAGGUGUGUAUAGCGAGAUAUUCAGAGUUUUGAAGCCGGGUGGUGCGUUUGGGGUGUAUGAGUGGCUGAUGACUGAGAAAUACGAUAAUGAUGAUCCUCAGCACCGUGCUCUCCGUCUGGGCAUCGAGCAGGGGAAUGGAAUUAGCAAUAUGGAGAAGAUUUCCGUUGCACUUCAAGCCAUGCAGAAAGCGGGCUUCGUCUUGGAACUCCAUAUGAAUGUUGCGGACCUUGAGGGCGGGGAUGCGAUUCCGUGGUAUUGGCCUCUGAGCGGUGACUUGAGAUACAUGCAGAGUAUUUGGGAACUACCCACUCUCCUUCGAAUGUCACCGGUUGGUCGCACGGUUGUGCAUAGCUUCAUUGGAGCUCUUGAGACUUUUGGUCUGGCUCCGCAAGGCACCCAGAAGACGGCUGAUUCGCUAGCAUCAGGAGCAGACUGUCUAGUUGCAGGAGCGAAGGAGAAACUAUUCACACCGAUGUAUCUCAUGGUUGGUCGCAAACCAGCAGUUUGAUGAAAGGGGUGGUUGGAAGCACGCGAUUAAUUGUUCGAACAAGAACUGAAUAAAUCAUCCACUACAGUAUAGUAUAGCAUUCGUUAAUUUGACUUUCAUAAUUCUUCACGUAAUCGUCUCAAUGAGUCACUGAGUACCUAGAUAGAACAUGGCUAUUCGGUCACAAUGUGCUCGCUUUGUUGACCACCAACAAGCUAACAAUCCCAAUACCCACCACAAUACAUCACCAGCAACAGCAAGCAAGCAUCCUCUCCUGGUCCCCCGAACCCCCAGGAACCAACCCAAUAACCCCCAAAGAUCCCACCUCCCCCGAGUGAAAAACUAAUCGCACUUGCUAAACAAUAAGGCUUCCUCAACCAACACUGGAUGAAGAAAAGUCUCGAGAGAUGCAUCGCACACCAAGACAUACCCAAGUGGUCGAGUACCCAA